ACGGCCCGGAAGCUGCCUGCCGGUUACCGCGAGAGCAGAAGUAGGCCUGGCUUCUGAGCAAGUCUUUUUGGCUAGGAUGAACCAUGUUAAGGACUCUGCAUUUGCAUAUACUGCUUAGGAGCCGCAUCAAGAGGUACCACGGCCUUGAAGGGACUCUUUUAUUGAGAAUCGAUGUCUUCUCCUUGGUAAUUGAUCACCGUAGACCCAGGGACACUCGACUCAUCAUCAGGGGAGGCUAAUCAUCAUGAAUAAUCAGAAAGCUGUAGUUGUGCUCCUGCAAGAGUGCAAGCAAAUACUGGACCAGCUUCUGUUGGAGGCGUCAGAUGUGUCCGAGGUGGAUAAGAGCGAGGACCAGCGAUGCAGAGCUUCACUCCCCAGCGAGUUAAGGACCCUGAUCCAGGAGGCAAAGGAAAUGAAGUGGCCCUUCGUGCCUGAAAAGUGGCAGUACAAACAAGCCGUGGGCCCAGAGGACAAAACAAACCUGCAGGACGUGAUUGGCGCCGGGCUGCAGCCGUUACUGGCGGCCCUGAGAGCUUCCAUCCUCGCCCGGGACGGCACCACCGCCGCGGCCAUCGUCUUCCUGAGCGACCGCCUCCUGUACGGGCUCGACGCUUCCCGGCCGCUGCUGCAGGUCGCCCAGGGGCUCCACCGGCUGCAGCCCGCCGCGCCCGUCGCCCCGCAGCUGGUGAUUCGCCAGGCGCGCGUCUCCAUCAACGCAGGGAAACUUUUGAAAGCAGAGUAUAUCCUGGGCAGCCUGAUCAGCAACAACGGAGCAACAGGUACCUGGCUGUACAGAAAUGAAAGUGACAAGGUCCUGGUGCAGGCGGUCUGCAUACAGAUCAGAGGGCAAAUUCUGCAGAAGCUAGGGAUGUGGUAUGAAGCGGCAGAGCUAACGUGGGCCUCCAUCGUAGGCUAUCUGACACUUCCUCAGCCCGAUAAAAAGGGUAUCUCCACAUCACUAGGCACCCUGGCAGACAUCUUUGUUUCCAUGAGCAAGAAAGAUUAUGAAAAGUUUAAAAACAAUCCACAAAUUAACUUGAGCCUGCUGAAGGAGUUUGCCCACCACUUGCUGUCAGCCGCGGAAGCCUGCAAGCUGGCAGCCGCCUUCAGUCCCUACACGCCGCUCUUCGUGCUCACCGCUGUGAAUAUUCGUGGCACGUGCUUGUUGUCAUACAGUAGUUCUAAUGACUGUCCUCCAGAAAUGAAAAAUUUCUAUCUGUGUGAAGCCAAAGAGGCCUUUGAAAUUGGCCUCCUCACCAAGAGAUGUGAUGAGCCGGUUGCUGGAAAGCAGGAGCUUCACAGUUUUCUCAGAGCUGCUUUUGGUCUCACCACGGUGCACCGAAGACUCUAUGGGGAGGCGGAGGCGGUGCAGGCAGCGAGCCAGCUCUGUCGUGAAGCCAUGGGAAAGCUGUACACUUUCGGCACCUCCUCCAGAAGUCUGGAGCGAGAAGCCCUCUCUCAGGACAUCAUGUCUAUUAUCACCCAGGUGAAGGAUCGUUUGCAAGUUCAAAGCUUCUCAAAGUUAGAUGACAAGUCUUAUGUUCCAGAGGGCUUCAAGUGUGGGCUGGAUAAACCCCUCUUGCAUGGGCAGGUGGAUUUCCAAAAAAUCCUUCAAACCUAUUCCCAGCACCAUACUUCAGUGUGUGAAGUAUUUGAAAGCACUUGUGGAAACAACAAAAAUAAACAGAAAUAUACAGAAACAGGAGUCUGUAUCACUGCUCUAAAAACAGAAACAAAAAACAUAGAUACGGUGAGUACCACUGAGGACAAACCACGUUUUCAAAAAGGCUUGGGAAUAUCUUCCUCCCAAAUGGCUAAGAAUGGUCAAGAGAGGCUUGGGAGAGUAGGAAGGAGAAACUGGACACAUUCUGCGGCUUUUCGAGUCUCCUUGGACCAAGAUGCUGAGGCUGAGGCUGAGGCACCAGACCACAGCGAUGCUGGGGGAGCUGUUUUGAACAAGUCUCUGAGUGACAGCCAGAGCUCCAGCUCCUGGAGCAAGUUAUCAAAGUUUAGUUCAUCUGCGAGCUGGGAGGAAGUGAAUGAUCAUGCUGCUGAUAGGUCAGCCAGAAAAGAGCCUAGCAAAGAACAUCUUGUGGACACUCAGUGUUCCACUGCCCUGUCUGAAGAGUUGGAGGUGAAUGGGGAAAGCAGAGAUGUGCAUUCACUGUCUUCACAGCUUCAGAGUGUCUCUCUCCAUGUGACAUCCAAGGAUGACAAUUUAGAGUCUUCCCAAAAUCAACCACACAAACACAUGCCCUUGACAGCCUUCCCUCCUCACAGCACAACAGGCACUUUCUUGGCCUCUGGUGCAGGGCGUUUAGAAGGAGCUCCAGAAGGUAUGCAGGAAGUCAGAAAUAUGGGAUCCAGAAAUACUUCUGCUCAUUCCAGACCCUCGUUUGCUCCUGCUUCUUCAUCUUCUUCUGAUUCUGGUUGGCCCAAGAACAUGGCCACAUAUCCUUCAAUCCAAGAAGAAGAAACCUUUGAAAUAAUUGAUCAGUUUCCAGAAAUCAACUGUAAUGCCAAAGACAGGUAUGGGGAAGAGAAGGGAGGAGAAAUCAAAAGAGGCACAAGCCCUACAUUUAAAGACAACCCCUCCUGGGUUGACCCAGAAGGAGAAACAGCAGAGAGAGAAGAGGAUAUGCCCUUAGACUCUCACAUGAUCAUGGAUGAUCCUCUGGGCAAAAGUCCCCUGAUGGCAGGUUUCACUCCUCACUGGCCUGUUCAAAAUCCGGACUCAGGAGAAAGUGGUGGCUCAGUCAGAGAGCUGGGCAUCGACCCUGAUGCCUCCACGGUGGAUGAGGAGGGCCAACUGCUCGACAGCACAGAUGUUCACCCCACGAGUGGACGUGGCUCUCACAGACUAGGUGCUCUGAGGCAGCCGCAUGGUCAGGGAGCCGAGACCCCCAAUUGCUCUGUAAGCAGCAACAUUCCCUUCCCUGUGCUCGGCGAAGACUGCACUACUACCGAGGAAGGAAAGGAACCUGGACACGUGCUCAACUGCAGCCAGAACUCCAACUCGUCCUCAGUGUGGUGGUUGAAAUCACCUGUAUUUUCCAGCGGUUCUUCUGAGGGGGAAAACCCAUGGUUCUUUCUGAAUUCCAGUGGAAGUUCUUUUGUUUCAUUGCCAGGAAUGAUGAGGCAAGAGAUCCUUGAGGCUCGCACCCUGCAGCCUGAAGACUUUGAAAAACUCUUGGCAGGGGUGAGGCAUGACUGGCUGUUCCAAAGACUGGAGAAUACGGGAGUGUUUAAGCCCAGUCAACUCCACCAAGUACACAAUGCUCUUUUGUUAAAAUAUUCGAAGAAUUCUGAAUUGUGGACAGCCCAGGAAACUGCUGUGUACCUGGGGGACUACCUGAAUGUGAAGAAGAAAGGCAGACAGAGAAAUGCUUUCUGGGUUCAUUAUCUCCAUCAGGAAGAGACUCUGGGGAGGUAUGUUGGGAAAGAAUAUAAGGACCCGAAGGGGCUCUGGCACCACUUCAUCGAUGUGGAGAGGCAGAUGACUGCACAGCACUAUGUGACAGAAUUUAACAAGAGACUCUAUGAGCAAAACAUUCCAACACAGAUAUUCUACCUCCCAUCCACAAUAUUACUGAUUUUAGAGGACAAGACAAUAAAGGGAUGUGUCAGUGUGGAACCUUAUAUGCUGGGAGAAUUCGUAAAAUUAUCCAAUAACACGAAAGUGGUGAAAACAGAAUACAAAGCCACAGAAUAUGGCCUGGCUUAUGGCCAUUUUUCAUAUGAGUUUUCCAACCAUAGAGACGUUGUAGUCGAUUUACAAGGUUGGGUGACUGGCAAUGGAAAAGGGCUCAUCUACCUCACAGAUCCCCAGAUUCACUCUGUUGGUCAGAAAGACAUCACUACCAAUUUUGGAAAGAGAGGAAUUUUUUACUUCUUUAAUAACCAGCAUGUGGAAUGUAAUGAAAUAUGUCAUCGUCUUUCUUUGACAAGACCUUCAACUGAGAAACUAAAUAAGUCAUAGACCUUCUGGAGUGGCCAUGCCAUAGCUUAGGUGCUGCUCACUGAACACAGGUUCUCCUCUCCUUCUGGGCACACAGAUUGUGUCACCUUGUCCCUUUGGGCUUAGGUGGAGCAAUGCGACUGCUUCUGUCCAGUGGUUUGUGAGAGGAAUCAAGAGUCAUUUCAGGCCCAUAUUUAAUUGCCAGUGCAAGACCCUGCAGAGUCUCUUUCCUCUACCACCACCAGCAAGACCACAUCAGGAGGCAGCUGCCUAUCAUCGUAAGUCCAGCAGUGAGGACAACACGGAAAAGAGCCCCAUGA